AUGGGAGCGGCUCAGUCGAAUGAGCAUGGUGCAUCAACAGCAGAGGAAUUAAGCUACGUGCUCGCCGAGCGCUUCGCCACAAAAUGCUUCACACCAUUAGAACUCACGCAUUUCAAAGACAACUUCUUCUCCCGCGCCGCUGAACAAAGUGGUCUACGAUACUGGAAUGAACAGACUCUAUCUGACUUUCUGGCCAUUCCAGAUUCCCAGGAUCUAUUCCUAGAUCCGGGCCCAGUUAUCUUCCGCAUGUUGUCGUAUUUAGGCAGUUUCCCCUUUCAGAACACCCUUGCGCCUACGGUGUUGACGUUCGAGGCCAUGGUCAAGGUUGUUGUGCUUCUCACUGAACGCUACGGGAAAGUGCUUAAGCGGGGUCGGAAAGACCGCAUUAAGUUGAUUUUUGGAUCUUUGGCUGAUGUGGCGAGGCGGCCGCCUGUUUAUGCUGCUGCUAAGGAACACGGGGCUAAUGGUGAUGCUACGACUGAGGAAGCUGAAUCGGCUCCUGUUCAAUCGCAUUCGUUGGGAUUCUCGAUAGAUGAACCCACGAAUGAUGAGUAUGAUGAAGACGAGGAUGAUGAUCUUGCUCUUGCAGCAUUGGAGUCUCUUGAUGCUAUUGAAGUCUUCAAACAUGAUCACCGGGUUGAUAAGACAAUCUAUGAGACUGGGAUCUCUACUGAUACUUUCCGUCGGUUGCUUAUGCUGUUGCUUGUCAUUGCACCGCUCAGACCGUUGGAAUCCGUCAAGAUCUAUACAUCUGAUUUUGAUGGAGAGCGGAUGGAAGCAAUCCGCAAAGAGGCAGACAAUAUUAUUGCUGCUUUCUCGCCUGAAAAACGAGAUGUUGGGAUCUCGUACAAGUCUUUUGCCAGAACGAUAUCGCUGUCGCUGCCAUAUCUGUUCGAUCCAUUGACUGCUUUGUUUGAGCAUAUGCUUUUCAGCAAGAACUUGGAUCUCUCCCAACGCCGACAGAAGGGCCUCGCUACGGAGACCGAGGAAGAGGAUGCCGAGAAGCCCGAUGAGCCACUCCCACCACCGGCUACAAUCACCCUUCCAGGCAGUUUCGAGUCAGCGAUCUUGAACCCAACUGUUGUAUCCCACCUCUCAUUCUUCCUCCCAUCAACAUCACCAACCUUAAACCUCUUCCGCAGUGGCAUAAAACUACACCCAGUCUUCUCAACAAACGCCCACGGCUCAUCCCUAACCUCCUUCUCCCACCACGUCAUGACCUGGCAAUCUGCCACCCUCCUAAUCCUCCAAGGAACCGAAGAAGGAUCCUCAGAUGAGACCCCAAUAACACUAGGCGCCUACAUUCCCCAAACCUGGAAAUCUCCCUCCUCAAGCACAUCCCAACCCUCAAGCACGAAAACAGACCCCCUUCCCUGCCUCUUCCAACUCUCUCCAAAACACAUCCUCCUCUCUGGAAACCCAUACAAACCCCAAUCAAACCAAAACACCCCAACAGCCUACUUCUCUACCAAAACCGGGAUAGCCAUAGGCUGCCAAAUUCCUCCACCAUCCCGAAGCAACAAAGCAAACCCCAAACCCCAUGGCGCAGGCUCUCUCCUCAUAGACUCGGAUAUGGAAACAGCAACCUUCCUCACCGCGCCAAUUGGCCACGAUGGCGUCUUCCUACCACCAUCACAUACGUCGGCAGAAGACGCGCCGACCACUGUCAAACUUGAUCUGUGGACCCUCGAGAUCUGGGGUAUCGUGCCUAAUCCUGAAGAUGCAUUUUCUACUGAGCCUGGGUCUAGUGCUGUUGAGAUGCAGCGUGCUAAGUGGGAGUUUGAGGCGAGGGAGGCGGAGCGCAGGAGGAAUAUUAAUAUCAAAGCUGGAGCUGGGGAUUCGGCUGCUGAGAGUGCUAGGUGGUUACUUGAGGCAGCGGGGAUUAUUGGGGAUCAGGGGAGACAUUCUGGUGGGAGUGUUUGA